AUAUGUACUUAAACCCCCACCCGAAUGCUCGCAUUAUCAUAGAUGUUUGUACAACGACGCUCUGUCUUCGUUAUACAACAUUCGCUGCUGGGCCAAUUUUCUCAUAAGCUUGCUGACCAGCCGAAGAUUACUGACGUUUUCAGGAACGUAUAAUCUCGUUACGUUUCACUGUCCAGUAGUACUUACCACCAGCGACACUCACUGUCUUAAUUAAUUGUUAAGAGAAGAUAACAGAAACUUCAGCAUGAACUCAUCCGCUUACUUGGUAUUUGCCAUUUUGGCCAUCGCUCAAUUGGGAUUCUGCGACGAAGUCAAUUAUAAAGAUUGUGGGUCAGCGAUAGGUUCUGUAAACAAAGUCUCCGUUAGUGGAUGUAACAAAGAUAUGUCAAGAUGUAUCUUGAAGAGAAAUACUAACGCCACUGUGGAUAUUGAAUUCGUUGCGAACGAAAAUUCGAACGCAUUAAAGUCCGUCGUGCAUGGUGUUGUUAUGGAUGUACCAGUUCCAUUCGACUUGCCAAAUGAUAACGCCUGCUCAAACAGCGGAAUCGAAUGUCCAAUUAGUUCUGGAUCAACUUACAGCUAUUUGGCUACUUUACCUGUCUUGAAGAAAUACCCAAGGGUAACUGUUGACAUCAAGUGGGAAUUGAAGAAGGAUGGUUCCGAUUUCGUAUGCAUUUUAAUUCCGGCUAAACUGCAAUAAAAGCAAAUUAGUUUGUUUUCCAUUAUCCAUGCAAUAAAAUAGCAUCAUGUUUAUAAA